CCAAAAAGUCCUAGUCCCUAGUCCCCAUUAUCUCAAAGUUGAAAGCUUUGGAGCUUUAUUUUUGUGCCUUUGUGGUUGUCACUUACUCCUCCUUUUUUUCAUUCUUUCUUUCCUUCCAGGAAUCAAGCAUCAUUUUAAAGAAUUGUUCACCAUAAUUAUUGAAUGGAUGCAAGUUUUAAAAUAAAAAAAAUGGCUGCAGGGACUGAAUACCAACCUCAUCUUUCCAUUUUAGAAGAUGGUUGCAGAAAGGGGAAUGUGACCUCAAUGAGAAAUGAUAAAUCUGAAACUGCAGAGAGCACAAAAGUAGUGCUCAUGGGGAAACCUCCUCGGUACCUCCCACCAAUAAGACACUGCAUGAGCUCAACUCAGUUGGCUUCUACUGCUGAAGUGGAAUUGGAUAGUGGGGUUGUUAGCACAGAGUCACCAUCAGAUGGUAAUGCCAUGUUUGUACCUGUUUUUCGUUCUGGAAGCUGUUCAGAGAUUGGACCCAAACCUUAUAUGGAGGAUGAGCACAUAUGUAUCGAUAAUCUUUUUGAACAUCUAGGUUCAACUGCACCCUUCCCUUCUCCUGGAGCUUUCUAUGGGGUGUUUGAUGGCCAUGGGGGUAUAGAUGCAGCUUUAUUUGUGAGAGAGAACAUUCUUCGAUUUAUAUUGGAGGACUCUCAUUUCCCCAUUUGUGUGAACAAGGCCAUUAAGAGUGCUUUUCUGAGAGCUGACCAUGCUUUUGCUGAUGCAGCUUCUCUUGAUAGUUCCUCUGGCACCACUGCCUUGACUGCCCUUAUUUUUGGAAGGAUGAUGCUAAUUGCCAAUGCAGGGGACUGUCGAGCUGUGUUGGGGAAACGUGGUAAGGCAGUAGAGCUGUCCAGAGACCAUAAACCCGAUAGCUUCUCUGAGAGACUAAGAAUUGAGAAGCUUGGUGGUGUAGUAUAUGAUGGAUACCUUAAUGGUCAAUUAUCAGUGGCUCGAGCUAUUGGAGAUUGGCACAUGAAAGAUCCCAAAGGCUCAUCCAGUCCGUUGAGUGCAGAGCCAGAGCUUCAGGACAUGGUACUGAAUGAAGAAGAUGAAUUCCUUAUACUAGGCUGUGAUGGCCUAUGGGAUGUGAUGAGCAGCCAGUGUGCAGUAACAAUUGCAAGGAAAGAGUUAAUGCUUCACAAUGAUCCGGAGAGAUGCUCAAGGGAGCUGGUUAGGGAGGCACUCAAACGCAAUACAUGUGAUAACCUGACUGUUGUUACUGUGUGUUUCUCCCCAGACCCACCACCUGCGCUUGAGAUCCCGAAAUUCCAAUUCAAAAGGUGUAUAUCUGCAGAAAGUCUAGAUCUUCUCCAAGAUCUUCUGGACAGUAAUAUAUGAUUAGAUUUGAUGGAUGCUUGAUAGCAAAUUUGAAUGAUAAUACUAUGAAUAGCCAACCGUGGCAUGCAUUUGAUCUUGCUCAAAUGAAAACUUGAAAUAGAACUUUUAUUCUCCAUGGGAGAUUGGAUGUCUUAGAGAAAGGAAACCUUGUUUCAUUUUGAA